UUUCUGCAAUAUUCCAAUAGUGAUAUAUUUUUUUUAUUUUCCAUCUAGAAUUUUAUUCUAAACAAGUCUAAAAUUUAUAAUACCUAGCUUAGUAAUUACAUUUUUGCGCUCGUUAUCAGUGACUCAAUCUUAAUUUGUUUAUUUUAAGAGGCGAAUUUAUUUAAUAUUUAUGUUAAAAAGAAAUUGUGAAUUGAAUGCUAAACAAGUGUAUUCUUUUGUAAAUUAAUAUUUCUCAUCAUCUGAUAAGCGUUACCUAGUACCGAAGAUGGAUCCUAAACAAGAUACUUUUAAUGAAUCUGUGUCUUCAAUAUUAGAGAGAAAAGUUAGAGGGUGGCUUAGUGGCGUCAUAGACGAUAUGAGACGUAGUAGCCCAGUUCAGCAAUGGUUAGACUCACUUCCAACCGAUACCGACGCUGAAUCUGAGAAAACCAAAGAAGCAGAUAAUAAAGAGGCAAAGUCUGAUGACAGCAAGCUUGGGGAAUCAGUAACUGAUGUUACAGUUGUAGAAGUAAUCCCAGAGAAGUUGCAUGAAGAACAAAAUUUAGAUGUACCUAGUCCUAGAGAUGCAUGGAAAAGAAAGUCAUUAGAAAGUGGAGUUCUAAUGAGGCAAACUGGAAGUAUAAAAAGACUGCAAAGGGAUCAUUCUGUCCAAUCUGAAGGUUGCUCACCAAGACUAAAAAAUCCAUUAUUCAGGGAUCAUUCCCUUCAGUCUGAUGCUAGUGGCUCAAGUAGUAGUUCAGUUUUAAACGUAUUGGGUGCAAGGAAAGUAGACGCUGAAUCUGUCCUACUGGCUUUAGGUUUUGGCCCUAGUGAAAAGCAGCAAAAAUUACAGAGAAUACCUGACAGAUUUUUAGCACCUUCUAAGCUCAAAGGUAUAAGUACAGAGCAGUUCAUUAGAAAUGAACAACAUUCUAUGAGAAUGCAUGAUUGUGGAGUUUUUGGAUAUAGAGGUCUAACAGGGAAUCCUCAUGUACAGCCGUCAACAAUUGUAGCUAAAAUAAUGGAAUGUAUAUUACAUGAUGACGUGGUACGCGAGCAGGCGUUGAUGAAGGCGCGACACUCCAUAGCGGACAUGCGCAGUGCGCCUGAUUUAUAUGCUCUACAAUUACUUCAAGCGUCGCGUUUGCGACAUAACUGAAUUGCAAUAGCAAACGUCAAUAUCAUGGCCAAAGAUAAUUUGCUACGGCUUUAUUUAUUUUAUUUUUUUGCCAUAGUAUAAUUAUUUGUGUACAGAUGUUAUUGUUAUAAUGGAUCCGAUUUAUAUAUUCAAGACAUUUCAUUCAUUCCUUAGGGAGGGUAUAAUUUUUGAAUGAUUGGGAUUGAUUCUGAGGCGCCAUUUGUCUAAAUUUGUUUCUUAAAUUAUUAUUUUAAAUUGAUUGUUUCACAAAAGUACUUACUAUUUUAUGCACUAUCAUAAACUAAAUUUAUAAUAAUUUUGACUUACAUCUUUUAGAAUAUUAGUUCAUAUUAUCUUACAAUAAAGAUUUCGCUGUGAUAAUGAAUUGAAAUUUUAAUUUUAGAUUUUAUAGGUUUAGAAAAAUGCCAUCUUCGAAUCUGCCCCAUUGUUGUGCCCCAACUCUUUCAUGAAUUAAAUGAUUGAGCAACUGCAUGAGGUGAAUGGGCCUGUGGCAACUAUCUCUGCUAAUUGUUUAUGUAUCCUAAAGAGGAUUAACGUUUUGUGCAAUAAAAUAUUUAUUUAAUGUAAUAUAAUAUUGUACUAACCAAAACAUUUGUGCAAUAAUAAAAUCCUAAAUACUUAGUUAUAGCUGAAACGUUAUAUUUUAUUAGUCACAGUUAUGACCUCU